UUGCGCAAAUUUCCAGUCUCUGAAGGUUUCACCUGCUCUGAAUUACUUCAGAGAAAUUUUCCAUCCAGCGUGUUCCAUGAACUCUCUGAACCUGUCAUUUCCAGGUCUUCCAAUACUCACAACUCGGAACCUACAAGCUUUUCUCGCGACUCAGGUUUUGUUGAUAAUCGCCUCAGUCAGACGUCCAGUAGUGUUAGACAAUUAACUUCUGAUGAGUCCAGCAUCAACAGAACGGUUGGAAGCGCUAGAAGUGAUGGAUACCUGUGUACGGCCGACAAAAUCCCUAAAGGAAGUCAAACUUACCGAGCUCUCUAUCCAUACACUCCUACGAAAGACGAUGAAGUGGCUUUGGAAGUGAAUGACAUAAUUUUCGUCGUUGAAAAAUGCGAUGAUGGCUGGUUCAUCGGGACCGUUUUACGAACCGGACAAUUUGGCACCUUCCCUGGUAACUACGUGGAAAGGCAUUAG